AUUUCCCUCAUUAUAUAAACAUAACCAAAUCUCCCACAACCAAAAAACAAAAAGAAAAAAAAGAAGAGAGAAAAGGUGAGAGAAUUCUUUUUUUCCUUUUUGUUUGUUUGUUUGGUUGAUCUGAUUAGCCGUAGAUAGAGAAGGAGUGAUGGGGAGUGAUAGCAAGAGCAAUGGUAGUGAUGGCGGCGGCGGCGGUGGCGGUGGCGGUGGCGGUGGCGGAGGACAGAUACCGGCUUCGGUAAAGAAAGUGGUGCAGGACCUCAAAGAGGUAGUUGGUAAUAACUGUACGGACUCGGAGAUCUACGCCGUCCUUAGAGACUGUAAUAUGGACCCUAACGAAGCCGUUCAACGCCUCCUCUCUCAAGAUACUUUUCAUAAGGUGAAAAGCAGACGUGAAAGAAGAAAGGAGAUGAAAGAGACACAAGAACUAAAAAAUCGAGCAAACAAUGGGACUUCUAAUCGUGGUGUUAGAGGUGGUAGUGAACAUUCUUUUGGGUGGAGUGGAUCAACUAAAAUCAGCUCCAAUGAACUUGGUAAAGCUGCAUCCAGGAAAGAGAACGCUUCUGUUGCUUCUAUUCCCUAUUCAGCUUCUUCUACAAUAUGUGCAACGGGACAAACUUUGAAUGAGCAGCCUUGCCCUCAAAGCAAUUCUUUUAAUGCUGAUAAUAGAAGACAAUCAAUGGGAACAGGUGACAUGAUUGAUUCAUCUUUGCAACCGUCUCUCGGAUCACAACCUACUAGGGUGGGGGCCACCUUAGGACAUGUUACUAUGGCUGAUAUUGUAAGAAUGGGUCGGCCACAGAGCAAAGGCUCACAAAUGCCAUGUGAAACAUCUUUUAUCCCCCAAGAUGCGGUUCUACCAAACUCAGCCAUCUACCACAUGAAGCCUUCCGAUGCUACUUCACCUUCACAACCAGGAACACACCAAGAUUUGCAGUCUUCAGAUUUGGAUAUGACUUUUGAAUCUGGAAAGAAAUCUAGGCAGCAUGAUUUUGAUAAUGAAUGGCCCGUGGUUGAACCAAUAACAGCUUCUAGUGAUAUUGGUUCUACUAUGUACUCAAAUCAAUCUUACUUAUAUAGUAACAGAGCUAAUUUGUCUAAUAACUGCUGGUCAGACAAUAUUCUAGUAACAGAGAGUGAUGCUGCCAGGGAGAAUCUUAGUUCUGAUCAGACCAGCUCUGCUCAAGCAUCUAGUAAACAAAUAUUUAUGAAUGGUUCUGAAGGAACACCUAAACAUGAUGAUGACCUGUCUAAGAAUAAGAAUUCAAGUUCACCUGAUUCUUAUCGGCAAAUCCAUGAGCACCAGGAAGGAAUAGGUAGAGAUUCUCAUAUAUCUGUUCCAAAUCCUACAUCUUUGUCUGAUGAUGCCAUCAAAGCUGUAGCAUCAGCUGCAGUGAACUUACAACAACUAAGUUUAGGGAAGGAGCAACCAGCAGCAACUCCAACAGAGGAGAACUGUGGACUGGUGCUUCCAAAUGAUUUGCAAGUCUUUUCUGCUGACUGCUCGCAUUUGAGCUUUGGUACCUACAAAUCCGGCAAGAGUACAGCAUUGUCCCAGCCACAAGCAUCCAGUUCCUUGACAAAAGACUUGGAAGGGACCUUUACAGCUCCAAAUGGUCCAUCCUCUGUGCAUUUAACCUCGAGGGACACAGUAAAUCUUGAUGAAGAGCAGCUUGAAUUUGCUUUUGAUAAUCAUAGAGCAGCUGCAGCAGCCAAAUCUUCACUAGCAGAGCUCAGGAAACUAGAUAUUCCUGAUGCAGCAGCCCAUGGGAAUGAUUUUGUCUUCCAUUCAUCUAUACCUGGUUCUAGUUUCAAGAACAUCCAACAAUUAAGUUCUGCAUUUCCUUCUGUGAAUGCCCCAACUGCUAGGAAUGUUUCUUCUUUGCCAAGUGAAGUGCAAUCAUAUUCGAACUCUAUACCUAGCGAGUUAUCGGCAGCGAGUAUUCAGUCUUUAAAAGCAAGAGAUUCUGCAGCAUACCUUGCAUCACAGUCAAUUUCAUCAAGAUACUGCGCUUCUACAUCAUCAAUGAAGAACCCAACUAUAUCCAUGUCUGAGGUUUUAAAUUCUGGAGCCUUGUCUGUUUCCCACCCAUCCUUGCUGGCCCAGCAUGGUGCCAACCUUGCUACUGGACCUGUACUAAAGGAGCAUUUGUCAGCACAUUCUUAUUCUCAAACUGGCUACCCAGCCAUACCUCAAAGCCAUACAUAUUCACCAUAUGCUUUGCAACAUGCAUAUCCAAAUGGCAAUGUGUUCCAUGAAUCUUUCUCAGGGAUGAAGUACAAUCUCCCACAGUACAGAAGUAAUAGUAUGAGCAGCUUGCCUUUGUCGGGUUCUUACACAUCUGGUUAUGAAAGUUUAGGGAAUUCUACUGAUAUUCCUGGAAGUUUUCUUCACAAUCUAUCUGCUGGUCCAGCAGGCAGCAAAGUUGGCUAUGAUGACUUUUUACGCUCUCAGUACAGGGAUGGAGGAGCUAAUUUUAACUUACUUCAACAGAAUGAUGGCUCUGCUGUAUGGGAUUAUGUACAUGGUUCAAGAACUACAUCAACUAUUCCACAUAGUGCUUAUUACAGUUUACAAGGACAGAAUCACCAACUUGCUGGAUAUCAUCAGGGCCAGCGACAUUCACAGCUUCACGGAUUUUUGGGGUAUCCUGGCGUUUAUAAUUCUCAAGCAGGGAUCACAAGAGAACAGCAGCAGCAAAAUCUUGGUGAUGUGAUUUUAAAUGGUUCUCAAGGCCCAUCAUCUAAGCAACUACCCCAAAAUUGGCAGCGCAGGUACUAACGUCGUUUUAUUUUUCUUUUUUGUUUUGCCUUGUUAGCAAGGCAUUAUAAGAGCGGCUGAGUAGGAUGAUAGUACAGUUUAAUCAAAGAUUUCAGUGUUUUUUUUAUUCUUUUUUCUUUUUUGAGUGUUUUGGCGAUGUCCAACUGUACAUACUUAAAGGCGAAGUUGACUGGCAAUGCGCUCUGCCUCAACAAUGUAUUCUAUCUAAUUUCGUGUUGGGGUAUGAUUGCUGUGCUUAGCAAGCUAGUGUGCU